GCUGUCCCCUCAGGCAGCUCAGCCCCGCGCAUGCGCAGUGCGCGCGGCGCCAUCCGGGUCCCGGCGCGGCCAUGGCGACGGUGGCGGAGCUCAAAGCAGUUUUAAAGGACACAUUGGAAAAAAGAGGAGCUCUUGCCCAAAUCAAAGCGAGGAUCAGAGCUGAAGUGUUCAAUGCCCUGGAUGACCAGAGCGAGCCGCGGCCGACGCUGUCCCGGGAGAACCUGCUGAUCAACGAGCUCAUUCGGGAGUACCUGGAGUACAACAAGUAUAAAUACACAGCAUCUGUGCUGACGGCAGAAUCCGGCCAGCCUGAAGUGCCCUUGGAUAGAGAAUUUCUUGCCAGAGAGCUGAAUAUAGUUGAAGAUGCAAGUGGAAAAUCAGUCAGACCUCUCCUGUAUGGAAUUCUCUCUCAUUUCUUACAUGGUGGUAAAGAAGAAAGUACCCAGAAUAUCCUUCCAAAAGCGUCUUUGCUGACUUACUCAAAGCAGAGCCUUGGCAAACCACCUGCUGAGAGAAAUCAAAAAGGGAGGCUGCAGAGGCAGCAAGGACUUGGGCUGUCCCGGCUGGUGGCUGUAUCUCCAACUCACUCUGCUCACCCAGUUGGACACCUGUGUCUGCUGAGUCAAAAUGGCUCAAAAACCUCUCAGCGAUGAUGAGAAAUUCCUCUUUGUGGACAAAAACUUCAUCAACAACCCACUUGC